AUGAAUAAGGCUUCUUACCUGUCAAUACGCGAGCUCAACGUUAACGGGCUUGGGAGCAGGGGGAAACAAAAACACCUGACGGCGUGGUUAAAGAAGCCACCCGACAUCUUCGUUUUAAUCGACACAUGCAUUGGUGCAGAUCAUGACUUCUGGAAGAAGCUUAAGGCUCCUCACUGUCACGCCGUUGGUCCUGCGGGGAAGGCAGGGGGAGUAGCUAUUUUGAGUUUUAACAAGUCUCUCAUUUUCACUAACAUUGUCGCGCAUGAUUUAGGCCGACUGCUUCAGGCCGAUGUCCAGUGGGACUCCUCCUGUUGCUCAAUCCUGGCCGCUUACUUCCCGGCGAAGGCCUGCAGGCGUCGGUCUUUCUAUGGCGGAGUGCUGACCUCGUUUAUGGCGCACUCGGUGGGGAAGAAAAAAAUUGUUUUGGUCGGGGACCUCAACAUGGUGGAGGAUCCAAUCCUGGACAGAUCGUCGGGAGCGGGUUCAUCCGGGGAAAAUAACAGUGUGUUGCGGAUCUGUUCAGCGCACUGUCUCACCGACGCUUUUCGCUGGAUGAAUCCGGUGCUGAAGGAGUUCACGUUUCUGUCCAAAUCUGCUAAGACCAGCUCACGCAUUGAUCGAGCUCUCGUCUCAGCGUCUCUGCUGCCGUCACUUUCCGGUGCGUCGCACUGCCGGCCGCUGAAGGGCCUCUCUGAUCACUGGUUCGGUGUGAAGGUGACAUUCAAGAUCAGCCUGCAGCUAUGUAUGGGGCCUGGAAUAUGGAGGUGCAAGGCGGUGGAGAUUGGUAGACCAGGUGCAGCGAAAGCGGUUGCGGAGGUUCGAGAGAAGCAUGGAAAAGCGGGGUCGGGAGACUUCGCUGCGCUCAUGAGGGAAAUGAACAUGGCGUUAAGGAAGUACUCUACCGAGGAGCGGAAACGGGUCAAGGCUACCCUUGCUCACUUGGACGCUGCGGUGGCGAGGUUACAGCAGGAGGUGAUGAGGCACCCUUCUUGCUCCGUCCGGAAGGAGGAGUUGAAGGUCAAGGAGUCUCAGUUAGCGGCGUAUCUUGCCUCCGAGAAGGAGAGGGUCUCUCUCAUGGCGGGGGUUAAGGAGCUGCGGGAGGGAGAGUUGCCUGGCAAGCUCAUGUCUGCAAAGGUUAAAACAAGGAAGGAGAGGACCAUGAUUACAUCAUUGCACUGGAAGGGAACGGUGCGUAAGGACUCAAGAGGGAUACUGGAAGCUGCCUCAGAGUUUUACACGGAGCUGUUCUCAGAGCCUACCUCAACCACGGACAGUACCUUCUGGACGGUUGCCCCGGACAGGAAGUUGGGGGAAGAGCAAUCGCAGCUGCUGGUGGAAGACUGGUCAGAAGCGGAGGUGAAGGAGGCUCUUGACGGUAUGGCGAAAGGCAAGUCCCCCGGUGCUGACGGAAUCCCGAAGGAGCUCUUCAGUCAGCAUUGGGACUCGCUGGGGGGUGAUGUGCUCGGUUUCGCGAAGCGGUUCGAGGAAACGGCCGUUCUUCCUCCCGCGGCUUUGGAGGCGGUCACUGUCCUGCUGCACAAGAAAGGCGCGAAGGACCAAGUGCAGAACUACCAGCCGAUCACGCUGCUCAACAGCACGUACAAGCUGGUAGCGCGAGUAUUGGCAAACAGGAUGCGGAAAGUGCUGCACAAGGUCAUUUCAGAGGAGCAAUACGGGUUCUUACCGGGAAGAAGGCUGGCGGACGGUGUCUCACUGAUCGCGGACAUCGUCGAUGCGGCGAAGCGCAAAAACGCGGAUUGGUAUCUACUUCUGGUAGAUUUCCAGAAGGCCUUCGAUUCAGUUUCUCGCGAAUACCUCUUCGGCACGAUGGAGAGGAUGGGUUUCCCGCGGAAGUUCGUGAGGUGGUGCGAGGGUCUCCAUGCAGGAUCGACGACGAGACUGCUGCUGAACGGCUGGCUGGGUGAGCCGGUGGCGGUCAAGAAGGGGGUGCGGCAGGGCUGUCCGCUGGCGCCCUACCUUUUCCUUUGCGCGGUGGAGCCUCUCUGCCAGGAAGCAAUAAGGAGGAAGUUGGGUAUAAGUAAUCCGUUCGGCGAUCGCCUUGCGUACCUUGGGUAUGCCGAUGACACCACGUUGGUGCUCCAAGGGAAAAGGCAGAUUGGCCGGGCGGUGAAGCUGCUGGAUGAGUUUGGUGAUAAGUCGGGGCUUCGCGUGAAUAUCGACAAGUCUGCUCUCCUUCCCCUGGGGAAGAACCUGCUCAAGAAACCGGACAAGUCAUCAGGUUUCAAAUGGGUGCGAUCAAACGAAGCGGAAAGGGUUCUGGGGGUGUGGAUCUCACCCUCGGGUGACGCGUCGGUGACUUGGGAAAUUACUCUGUCACGGGCAGCGGCGGAGCUGGUGAAAUGGCAAAUACAUUACCUGACGACGUCCGGCAGGGUCGCGGUGGUUAACGGGUACAUUAAUCCAAUCCUCGCCUUUCAGGCGCAGGUUUACCCUCCUCCUGCGGAAAUCUGGGUGAAGCUGGUGAAGCUGCUGCAUAAUUUCGUCACGGGCAACCAUUCAACGGCAGGGAAGCAUUUUGCUCUCUGGAGCCAGGAGUUGCUGUUCAAAGCGAGAGGGGAAGGCGGGCUCGGUGUCCGGGACCCGUGUGCUGAACUGGGUGGCCUGGCGGCCAGGAGGAUAGCGCUACUGGCAUCACAACCACUGGGUCUGCAUGCCGACCUCGCGCUCACGGCUCUGGAUGUUCCGGACCUGCAGGUUUUUUGGGCUCACGCGGGGCUGAUGAAGCAGUGGGCAGGUCGGUGUGAGAGGUGGAAGCGGACGUGUGAAUUAUUCCUAGAGUCCAGUUUUCCUUCUUGCAUCAAGGCCUCGUCGGUGUGGGAGGUGGAGCAAGAGAUGCUACUGUUUAAUCGCUGUCUGCUUUUGAAUGGGAAGUCCCCCGCGGGUCGGCAGAAGGCGGCUAAGCUGCUGAAGCGCUCGGUGAUGGGUGACUUCAUCAAAAUCGCCGUGGAUGGCUCGAGGGCUCUGAAAAGCCCUCAGGAGCUCGAGCGGGCUUUCGGUGGGUCAGAUGAAGCGAAGCUGGCGAUGAGGAUUUUUGAUGCGGCUCCAAACGAGUGGAAGCAGAUGCUUAUGGCGCCUGUCACGGCGCGCACGGUGCUCACUGUAUCUAAGUUCGUGCUCAAGGCGGGGACGAGUUACGGUGUCUGGAGGGUUGAGUAUGUAAAGGGCGAAACCCUCGUCUGCCGUGCCAUCAGAUGCUUCCGGGGGGUCUUGGAGGAAGCAGAGGAGAGGACGCACAACUUUCUGCCGCAUGAGGUGGUGCCUGCUGUGGUCAGGGAGGGGCGGCUGCUUGGUCCUGCGGGUGGUCCCAGGGCAAGAUUGUUGUGCUCCCCCAUCUGGGAGGGGGAUCGGCCGGCGCAGCUGAAGCAACUCAAGGAGGGUUUCAGGCGGUUUGGCGGAAAACCAAAGCAGCAGAGCACGUGGGAGGAAUCCCUCGGCCGUCCGAUUGACUGGGGGAGGGUGAUCGGGGUAAGGGACUCGCCUGCUCUCCCGAAUCGUGCACGUGACGUGAUGCUCCGGAUCCACAGCCGGAACCUGCAGGUGGGGGAACGGUUACAUUUUCUGGGCGCUGGGGUCGCAUGCCCCCACUGCGGGGAGAAAGAGACGCUGGAACAUGGACUGUUUCUCUGCUCGCGCAUUCAGCCGGUGGUUCGGGCACUGUUGAAGGCGCUCCGUAUGUUAAAUCCGCAUCGGAAAAUUGAAUCUCUGGGUGACGUGGUCUUCAGGAAGGAGGGGACAGCUUCGGGAUUCCCCGAGGCUACGCUCACAGCAAUCGUGUUCCACCGAAUUUGGGUUGAAAGGUGUGACGCAGUUUUCGAGCGCAGUAAAUUCCGGGCGAGGAGGGCUCUGCGGAGGAUUGCGGCGUCCUUUCAGCUGCAUGUCAGGAUCUACAAGCGUGCUAAGGCAGUGUCUAAGAGGCUCGGUGCCAUUCGUCCUGGUCUGGAUGAUGACGAGUGCCGGGUUUUGGGCCUAUCAUGGACCACUCAGCUCAACCAGCCACGUGGCGCGUCGAAGAACCCCGGUCCCUUCUGCGGCUCGGGACUGCACUGCGUGUUCUUUAACGGGAUCCCCGCUAAGAAACAGAGGAGCGCGAAUGGCAUCGGACGAUGCGUUCCCGAGGGUCAAACGUGCCUUGGAAACGUGACGAGCAUCAAGUGCGUGAGUGACUGCAUGGGGCUGGACUAUGCGCAGGGCCCGAACUGCGACUCCACUAUCGAGAAAUGGGUGUGCUACGCUGACGUGUGCGAUCAGUGCUGGCGCAAGAUGUUCUACAGUGACUACCACUGGCCCAUACAGGAGGCCAGCAUGUGCGAGCGCACACAGGGCCCGCCCUACCCCUGCCUCUCUGCCGCCCAGUUGAACGCCUCCUGCCCUGCUUGCCUGGCCUACCAGCUGCCUACUCGAACAUGCUUUGUUCCAGAUUCCUAUUGCCCUAACCGUGGUUGUGCCAAGUCUUACUGCCUCAAGGUUUACAGGAAGGGGUGGACAAUCUGUGGCAAGUGUGCUGCGGGCUAUAAGAAGAAAAGUAAGGAGCUGGACAAGGAGCUGCAAGCUCAUUCCCGCUGCUAUACGCUAAGAGCGUCGCAUUCGAAGUCCUUCUCUCUCUUCCGCUCCCUCCUUUCCUCGCUCUUUCUUUCUAUCUCUCUCCCAUUCUCCAUAUGUCCUCUCAUGUCUCGCUCCCGAUCGGCCAUGCAAAUGGCCCACACCGUCGGAUCAAACGCCGCCGCAACAGCCGGCAGCACCAGCACUAGUGUCGGCACCGGCAGCGGCACCGACAGCGGCACCGGCGGCGGCAGCGGUGGGGGGGCUGGAGGCAGUUCGAGCGCAAGCCAUUCCCGCGCGUCGGGCCCAGCGGUCGGGAGAGCUCGCAGCGACACCUCCGUUAUAGAGAUCAUCAGUAUUCCCGAGGAAUCGCCAUUCGACGCUCUCCCCGCCUCCGCUCUCCCCGCCUCCGCUCUCCCCGCCUCCGCUCUCCCCGCAUCCUCCGCUGCUGCUACUGCAGGCGCUUCCGCACAAUCGCUACACCAUCCCCCCGCCGCCUUCACUCCAGAUUCUUCUCACGAGUUCUCCGCCGGGAUACCCGGCGCAAGCUCAUCGUCCGCGGAUUUCGCGCGCCUCCAGCCCCCCUCCGCCGACCCGCGCUCCCGCUCCCCCUCCCGCUCCCGCUCCUCCUCCUCCUCCGCCUCCUCAUCCCGCACAUUCAGCUUCGCCGCGGCUCGGGGCUUCUUCAGCGGCCGACUCGGCACGCUCUCGCGGAGUCAUAACGACCCGCAUCAUUCCACGGACGCGACCCGACCGUUUCCUGACGCGGGUGGAGUCACGGAAAGCAGCGGAGGCGGCGGUGCGGCGGAGGCCUCCAGAGAGGAGAACGAGGUGCGGGGAUGGCGGUCGUCGGUGUUCGCGCCGCUGCUGCUCCGCCCCGCGCUGCGGAGGCGCGCAGCGAUGCGCGGGGUGGAAGAAGGGGAGGAAGGGGAAGAGGGGGAAGAUGACCGCGACGCGAGCGAGGAAGCUUCACUCGUUCCGCACGUGUGUGACUCAGCGUGCUCCGCGGCGCGCGGAUGCCCGAGGCUGCGCGGAAUCGCCUCCGAUAGUAGCGCCGCUGGCGGCACACACGCCCUGUCCGCGUGGGAGGCGGAGGAGCGCGAGCGGGAGCGGGCGCUAGAAGCGGCGGAAGCGGCGGACGGGGAGGGGGAGCGCGCGGAGGACGAAGAGGACGAGUACUGGGGGGUUUCGGGCGUGUCUAUAUUCGAUAGCCCCCCCCCCGAAGCCAUGCACGCGCCCAUAGGGUUAGGGGGAGGCGGGGGGAGGCGGGCGACGGGGGAGGCGGAGUGGGGGAGCGGGUGCCCGCGGUUCCUGCAGGGGCUGCGUGAAACGGGGGGGGACUGGUGGCAGGAGAGGCAGCUGCGGUGGCGGAAGAGGAGGCGGGAGGGGGAGGAGGGCGGAGGGGGGGAGGGCGGGGAAGCGGCUGGGGGGGAAGGGGGUGGGGAGGAAGGGGAGCGCGCAGGGCAAACAACCAGCGGGCGUGGCAGCAUCAGUACUGUUGGCAGCGGCAGCGGCAGCGGCCGCGGUGGCGGCGGUGGCGGCGGUGGCAGCGGCAGCGGCAGUGGCAGCGUCAAGCCCGGCGUCGCCAGCAGCAUGAGCGCCACGAGCAGCACCAGCCUCACCAGCACAAAAACCUUCCGCUACCCAACCAGCGCAUCCCAGGCAGCAUUCCCCCGCGGCGCACCCUCGUCCCCCUAUCCCAAAUCCGCCACAUACGGAGGCGGCGCGGGAAGAGCAGGAGCAGCAGGCAGCGGCAGCGGCAACAGCAGCAGCAUCACGGAGUGGGGGCGGCAGCGGUGGUGGUUCGGGCGGGUGAUCGACCCGCGGAGCCCGGGCAUGAAGCGCUGGUCGCGGUUCUACGCAGGAGUCACCUCCCUCUCUCUCUUCUCCGACCCCUGCUUCCUCUACAUGCUCUCGUUCUCAAGCGACUCCUCCUGCCUGUACAUCCAAGGCCCGUACGUGAUCAUCAUGGCUUCCAUCCGCACGCUCUGCGACGUAUUCUACCUCGUCAACUCGUGCCUCGCGCUGCGCACCUCGUACGUGUCCCGGCAGAGCAUGGUGCUGGGGAGAGGCGAGCUAGAGACGUUCGCGCGGAAGGUCGCCGUGCAUCACCUCACCUCCUGGAGCGGGCUAUUCCUCGACGUUCUCGUGGUUCUCCCCAUCCCGCAGGUGCUCUGCUUGAUCGCUGUUCCGUAUUUCCUCCUGCAAGCCAGCGAAGGCGAGUACGGGUACGUGGAGGAGGGCAUCGGAAUCAUGCUCUCCUUCAUGCUCCUUCAGUACUGCGUAAAAGUGUAUCACACGUACGUGGUGGCGCGGCGGCAGCAGAGGGUCAACGGGUACGUCUUCGGCACCUCCUGGUGGGGGUUCGUGCUGAACAUGCUCGUGUUUCUCAUCACCGCGCACGGAUUCGGAGGGCUGUGGUACGUGCAGACGGUGCAGUCAGCCAUUCAGUGCCUGGUAGAGCAGUGCAAUGACUCCCAACCCACCUGCACGCACGACUGGCUGACCUGCCCGGAGCAGUUCGCAUGGGGGGACAUGCCGCCGCCGCAGGACAACGCGCAGGCGGCGUGGGGCGGCAGCACCAAUGUCACAGACAACUGCUUCCCGCCGUUCGGCACCACAGGAAGCUACAACUACGGGAUCUACGACUUUGCAGUGCAGUUACUGAAAGAGCAGGGGCCUCCCGAGAAGAUCAUGUACGGGAUUUUCUUCGGGAUCAUGACUCUUGCGACGUUCGGGAACGCGCUCGUACCGUCGGCGAGUAUCGGCCAGUCGGUGUUUUCGCUGAUCAUGGUGAUCUGCGGCCUGCUGCUCUUCACGUCGCUCAUUGGCAACAUCGAGGUGUUUUUACACUCCAUGACGGCUCGCAUCGAGGAUAUGCAUCUGAGAAGGAGGGACCUGGACUGGUGGAUGCAGCGGCGCCAGCUCCCCACGGAUCUCCAGAUGAAGGUGCGGCGGCAGGAGCGGCACACAUUUGCAUCCACCCGAGGCCUGCAUGAGGAGGAGCUCUUAGACGGGCUACCAGACAGCCUUCAGAGGGAUGUGAGAAGACACUUGUGCCGGGGGCUGGUGCGGAGAGUACCGCUGUUUGAAGCAGUCGACGAGGCUGUGGUGGAUAAUAUCUGCGCGAAGCUGCGCUCAGUGGUGCUUAUAGCGGGGACGCAGGUGGCCAGGCGGGGCGAGCCGGUCGAGGAAAUGCUCUUCAUAGCCCGGGGGCUCCUCAGGGGUUCCCGGGAUGAUGCUGAUGAUGCUGCUGCUGCUGCUGCUGCUGCUGCUGGUGGUGCAAAUGGCGGGAAGUCUGUACGGGGGGGUAAGCGGCAUGUGUCUGGGGAUGGAAGCAGGAGCAGUGUGCAGGGCAGCAGCAGUAGUAGUCGUGUGGCGGGGGCCGGGUUUUCUUCCUUCACCAGCGGCUCGCGUGGGGUGAACUCCAUGAGCUUUCGCCUGCCCUCUGCUGUGAGGUCUCUUGGGCUCCGAUCUGCUUCUUCUCAUGUGUCCUCUCAUGUGUCCUCUCAUGCGUCCUCUCAUAUGUCUUCGGCUGCCUCUGCUGCUUCUUCCUCCAAUGCAUCGCUCUCUGCCUUUACCGCUAUCCCCAAGCUGCCUCCCGUCACCCCUCCUGGUGCUGCUGCUGCUGCUGCUGCUGGUGCUGCUGCUGGUACUGCUGGUGCGAGUAAUGCUGCUGGUUCCCCUGCUGCCGGCACCACCACUGUUGAGAGAUAA